AAGCAGGAAGUGGAUCUUGAUGAAAGUGACAGUUAGGAAUCAUGGCGCUUGAAGCAAAAUCCAGAAACAAACGAUACGAGAAACUGGAUUUCCUCGGAGAGGGUCAGUUCGCCACAGUUUACAAAGCCAGGGACAAAACAAACGACUCCAUAGUUGCCAUUAAAAAGAUUAAGGUUGGCCACAGAACUGAGGCUAAAGAUGGUAUUAAUAGGACUGCUCUUCGAGAGAUCAAACUGCUGCAGGAACUGCAUCAUCCAAAUAUCAUUGGGCUGCUGGAUGCCUUCGGACACAAAUCUAACAUCAGCCUGGUGUUUGAUUUCAUGGAAACAGAUCUGGAGGUAAUCAUCAAAGACACCAGCCUAGUGUUGACUCCUGCCAACAUCAAAGCCUACAUCCUCAUGACUCUGCAGGGAUUAGAGUAUAUGCACCACCAUUGGGUCUUACACAGGGAUCUGAAGCCCAAUAAUCUGCUGCUAGAUGGCAGCGGAGUGUUGAAGUUGGCUGAUUUUGGUUUGGCCAAAGCGUUCGGCAGCCCCAACAGAGUCUACACACAUCAAGUCGUCACCAGGUGGUACCGCGCCCCUGAGCUUCUGUUUGGUGCCAGGAUGUACGGAGUGGGUGUUGACAUGUGGGCAGUGGGAUGCAUCUUGGCAGAGUUGCUCCUUCGGAUACCGUUCCUCGCUGGAGACUCAGAUCUCGACCAGCUGACUAAGAUCUUUGAGGCUCUUGGCACGGCUACCGAGGAGUCGUGGCCUGGCGUGACUAGUCUGCCAGACUAUGUGUCCUUCAAAAUAUUUCCUGGCACACCUCUGGAACAUAUAUUCAGUGCAGCUGGAGAUGACUUACUAGAGCUGCUUCAGGGCUUGUUCACCUUUAACCCCGCCACGAGGACCACAGCUACACAGGCUCUGAAGACGAUGUACUUCAAUAAUCGACCUGCACCCACUCCUGGACCCCUGCUCCCCCGACCCAACGGCUCAGCUGAGGCUCUGAGGGAGAAGGAGACAGUCGGGCUCAAGAGGAAAAUUGAGGGCCUGGAGACAACUGUGAUGAAGAAGAAGCUAAUUUUCUGACCAAUGGAACCUGGUUCAUCAGAGGAUCACCUUCUUCACAUACUUGCGUGGCUCAGCCUUCACGCAUUGCUCAGGAUUAUCCACUGGAAUGGAGGGAAAAAAAGGAACUCCAAAACCAGCGGAGGGAAAAAGGCUCAGAUGUUUUUAGGAGAUUUUAGAGGAUGUAGCUGUUGAAUCAGUCAAGACUUGUGCCUAAGAUUACCUCUACGUAUCCGAGGGGCUGCUGUGUGAGCCAUCCCAUCCACUGAUGUACUACAGAGGUCAAUAGCCUCAACUCUGGUGGACUUUUUGCAUUGCCACAAUGAUGGCUAAGCUCUGGGAGCCUGUUGUAAUAUGUAUAUUUAUGUGACUGAAAAUAAGAACAACCAAACAAGAAGGCCUGGUUUAUUUCAUUUAUAUGUAUUUAAAUUGUGCAAAUACAUGUGAGAGAUGUGACUACCUUAAAUCAAUCUCACCCUACAUGGUUUUAUAUGAUUUAUUAAGAAAGGUUUUUCUACUGUGGUAGUAAGACAUUAUUGUAACAAUCGCACUGCUACUUACAUAUUAAUACAACACUAGAAUAAUGUUAGAGGUGUUAACAGUCUACCUGUCACCUAUUGAACAUGUGUGGACAGAAUUAUACCUGUAAUUUAUUUAUGCAGCCUGUUGGCAGAGUAAAAGGUAAAGAGGGUUGUAUUUUGGUACAACUAUGUGUGUCAUAAGCCAUGUCUUCCGGGCAGACAGAGUGACACUGGGCUGGCCGUGUCCUGCAACAAUGUGGCACUCGUUCCCUCUCUGUCCCUUCUCUUCAACAUUACUGUGAUCCAAUGCGGCCUGACAUGUCAGCAAGGCCUGAUGGCCUUUUGGUUUUCUGUCAAACAGGAUCAUAUCAGAAAAUAAGACAGUGAAAGACAUGAGAGUAUGUCACAAGAACAAUUCAAAUUCCUUAUCAAAAGAUGUAUAUUUUCUGUAUGCUGCUCUAGU